GGAGUUCAUGAAAUUUGCCUUGGCUAGGAGGCCGGAGCUUGGAGACACAAAAGAAGUCAAAGACAGGCAGGUCGUCAUGGGGACAGAAGCAAUGAAAUUCGCUCGUGAACGUUACCGCAGCAAGCCCCUGACGUCGGCGAGGCAUUACGGCAUCAAGCACGCUCCGGAGGAGGACUUUGGCGGCGCGCAUCUGACAAUUGUGGCGCCCACUGGCGACGCUGUGUCUGUCACGUCCGGACUUAACGGAAUGUUCGGGAGCGGCUUCCAGACUACCUCUGGACUGCUCCUCAAUAAUUACAUGGACGCCUUCGCUAAGUCUCGAAAGCAGUUCGACCUGGACCCAUCACCAGCGAACCAGUUGGGACCCGGCAAACGACCCAUGACGUCUAUGGUACCCACCAUAAUCACCAUGUCCGGCACACCUUCUGUGCUGCUGGGCGCUUUCGGCGGCAGCGGGGGCCUCCCGGCCAUCUCGGCAGUGGCGCAGGCAUUCCUGCUUCGCAGUCUGGGCAACUACGUCAUAGAUAAGCCCAUCCUGUCUACAGCCUCGGGCAUCAUUCUCACAAAGAAAGGCUCUCUCGUCGCACCUCAGGACAUUAAGCACGUGGAUGGUAGCAGCUCGGGUGCAUGAGAGAGGUCAAGCUGCUCUGGCGACGACGGAAUAAUAUAUAUGUAUAGAUAUAUGUUGUUUACUUUCAUCUCGUAAGGUCUUCGUUUUGGACCAUUCAUUGAGACGGAAACCCUUCUGAGAGCUGUCAUGUAUGCAGUGAGCUUUCGGACCACUAGCAGGAGCAUUCACAAACAGGUCGGGCAAAUUACUUCCGAGGGAAUUCGCAAGAUUGAGGAAGCGUGCU